AAAGAAGAAGAAUUCAAUUUAAUUUAAAAUAAAAUAUUUGCAUUUUGUUCUAGUUUCUUAUCUUUUAAUAAUUAUGGGCGAUUUAAUUAAUCAUUUUGAUGCCUUCAAAAAGUUGGGCUUUGACUGCGCCAAUCAAUGGAUUCUCUAUGAUGAUCGUUUCCAAAAGUUCUUCAACUUUUUCACUGAAAAUAUAACCGAUAUAAAUAUACUAACCGAGAAUGAAGUAUUAGAAUUUGACGAGUUAAAGCAGCGGGGAGAGUUGUUGGAAUCUACUGAACGCGCUGCGAAACUAAAGGAAAUGGAAAUUGAAAAUCCCGGAUUGCUGCAAUACACAGAGGAGCAAGCAACAGCGAUGUCGGAGGAACUUAAUUUGCUAGAACAUACAGAAGAUUGCUACGCAGCACUCGUUGAGGAAAUGAGAGGUACCAAGAACAAAAUUAACGCGCAAUUGGGAGAAUUAGAAAAUGAAAUCAGUAUUUUAACAAGUAAAGAAAAUGAUUUACUAAAUGAAUGUCAAAACUAUGCCCGGCAGCUGGAGGAAAUGCAAUUGGAAAAUUAUAAACUUUCCAACGAAGCCACACGUUGUUUUACGAAAAUUCAAUCGCCACCGCUCUUUAUUCAUCAAUUACCUAUAGAUCAAUACCUGCUGAAAUGCGAUACAUUCAUGCAAUAUUUUACUUUAUACAUGAAGGAGAAUUUUAAAAUUCAAGACUACAGCGAAAUGGAUUGCACCUCAUCUGAACAUUCCGAGUUUUCCGACAAACUUCAAUCCUUAGCUAAAUCUAUGGAAUACUAUACGCUGGAAUAUAUUAAAGAAAAGGCAAAAUCAAAGGCGACACAGUCUUUGAUCGAUUUUUUGGAUCUUUCGCAAAUACAUGUCAUCAGUCUUGCCGACAUGGAGCAUGAAACUCGCGAACUGGAAAUGAUGAACGAACACCAUUUGAAGAUUGCUUAUGAAACUCUUUUGAACGAUCUCACUUUGCAUGUGCGGCAGCAUACCCAGCAGCGCAUGGAGUUGAUACUGUAUGAAAAUACAAAACUAAAAUUAGAGCGUGCCUUAAAGCGCCAAGAAACCGAUAAACGUUUAACAAAAAUUAUAUCGGAUGCUUUAUCAAAUGCCGAACUUGUUUGGAUCGCGAUACAAUUAGAUUUAGAACGGAAACGAAAUCGUUUUGUGAACACAGAUCAGUUAAACAGUGAAACAGAUAAUUGUCAAAGGCGCAUUAAAAUUAUGCGCACCAUUCAACAGAACAACACGCCACUUUUAGCUUAUGGCAAUAUAUUUACUAAUACCUCUGCGCCAUCACUGUUGGAUGCAAUAGCCGAACGAUUAUCGCGUCAUCUCGGCCAGAAAGUGCGCAGCGAGCCAAAGUCCUGCCUAUAUGAAUAUGAGAAAUUCACCAGACUCUUGUCAUAUGCUGUGCAGGGGAUGAUCGGCGGUAAAGCAUAUGCGAAUGUCACUGCACAAAUGAACGGAUUGCAACGCUUAGAAUCUUUAUUGCGGCCAAUGGUGUAUGAUAGCCCUGUGGAGGCGCCAAUGUUUGAACAUGUGCGCUUCUUAAUGCCCAUUUACAACGCCAAAACCACUCAGGAGCGCCUAGAUAGAACACUGCGUUAUUUGCGUACGCAAUUUCAAGAAAACAUAGCUGAAAGACUAGAAAAAGACAAACUUUGGCGCUACAGUCAAUUGUUAUGGAUUUGGUUUUUAACCGAACCACGGCGAAUGAUAAUGGCAAUUGAAGAGGCAAAGAAAGCUGCAUCCAAAGUGCCAACUACCGCGGGUUUGAAGUCGAUAAGUGGCAUAAAAAGAAAAUGAGUCUAUAUGGUGCCAACGUUUGCAGAUAUUUUUAAUAAUUUCAAAUUAUGGAAGCCAUUUGUAAUAAUUGUUAAUUAAUUUAAGUCGUAGUUUCUGAUAUUUACAUUAAUAAUUCAUUUUUAUUUUCAAAGCAA